AUGCAUCCCUUGACCUCCUCAGAAGACUUGCUUUCCUCGGUAGACAAACCAUUGAAGGUGCAAAGAUGCCAGGAAACAGGUAAGAACUACCUGACCUGCGACUACAAUCGUGAUGGAGACUCCUUCAGAUCGCCAUGGAGCAACAAAUAUUACCCAUCAAUAGAAGAUGAGGCCGAGGCUCCUCAUCCUUCAAAAGUUCUGAGGCAAUUGGAGCAGUACGCGAACGACUCCUUCGAUAUUUACAGGGACCUGUAUUACGAGGGAGGUAUCUCAAGCGUGUACCUUUGGGACCAGGACACAGAUGUGGAUGAAUCAGGAUCAGUGGAGUUUGCUGGAGUCGUUCUUCUGAAAAAGGAAAUUGACGCCAACACCAAAGAUGCCGGGUCUUGGGACUCUAUCCACGUGUUUGAAGUUGUCCCGGGCUCCGGAAAGUCCGCCGCAUACAAGAUCACAUCCACUGUUAUCUUGGACCUCUCGACAGAAGAUAACAGUGACAAUUCCAUUUAUCUGUCAGGGAAUUUGACCAGACAAACUGAGAAGUCACAGACGUACACUGACAGCAAUUCCCAUAUCUCCAGCAUAGGCUCCAUGGUUGAGGAAAUCGAGUCCAAGCUCAGAAACAUGCUGCAGGAAGUUUACUUUGGGAAGACAAGAGAUAUUCUGGGUGAUCUUAGAUCCACUCAGGAUAUAGAGGUCACCAAGAGCGAGAGAAAUAGGCAACAGGAAGUUGUUAAGGGAAUCCAAGGUCUGUAA